CCCCCACUGGGUGGAGUGAAGAACUGAAAAAUCACGAACAAGAAGAAGAAGCAGACACGGCAGAUUCUCAAGAACCAGAAAUUUUCCUCGAAUUUGCUCCACAAAUUCUCCGCCUCAUGGUCCCUCCACUUCCCAAGUAGCGUCCAUGGCCGGUUCCUGCACCUCCUUCUCUCGCCAUCUCAUCAAAUCCACCGUUUCCGAACUCGCCAGAACAAUCCGCACCGGAGCUCCGGCGCCGCUCGUUCGAUUCUCCGCCAAGAGCUCCAACAACGCCGUUUCCUCUUCCGACGAACUCGCUCAAGGCCCCUCCUGCAUAUUCGUCGGUCCUAUCGACACCGCCAGUAAAGAAACCCUCGAAGCUCUUUACCUUCAGGCKAGUGAUGCGUAUUACAGUGGUAAACCCUUGAUCCUUGAUGAUAUGUUCGACAGAGUCGAGUUGAAACUGAGGUGGUAUGGUUCUAAAUCUGUGGUCAAAUAUCCUCGUUGCAGUCUUAGACGCCAAUCGACGUAUGCGGAUGCUGAGGAAGAUCUAUCGCAGGUUCUUGCACUAGCAAGCAUAUGGUUGGUGUUUCUGGCACUAGGCUGUGCAGCCUGUCUUGUUCCCAUCGUGUACGCGGUUGACUUGGUUUUCAAGGAUCCACUCAGUUUAGGACUUUCCUAUCACAGCCAAUCUGCCUUCGAGUUUCUUUCGGCAUUAAAUGCUAUCCUCUUCAUGGCCUUUGGAUCUCUGAUUGGGUACCCAAUUGCWACAGCUUCUGUGGGAGUGCUUCAGGGCUUAUGGAGAAAUGAUCUGGUGGCGCUGAAAGGAGCUUGCCCAAAUUGUGGAGAAGAGGUGUUUGCAUUUAUCAGAUCGGACCGUGCCAAUGGAUCUCCUCAUAGAUCAGACUGUCAUGUGUGUGAAUGCUUGUUGGAAUUCCGGAUCAAGUUUGAGAAAUCAAGUUCAGGAGUGGGACGACAAUGGGUUUAUGGGCGUAUCUACCUUGUAUCAGGAAGGGGUAAAAGCAGAAGCCAAAGAUUGCUGUAGGAUUUCGACUCUCAGAUCAGAUGUAAGACCAACUUGUCUAUAUAUAGUGAGUGACAUGAUUCUUUCCUCCAAUCUUCAUCUGCUUGUAAUGUAGUCACUGCUGUAUUCUGCAAUGGGUCUUUGUAGUUGUACCAUUUUCUGACACUAAUACUAGUUUGCUCAGAAACCGAUCUUAUUUCAAUGAAAGAAUAUAUAAGGGGCAUACAAAA